AACUCCUCUCUCAUGGCGAAAGACAAGGGCGCCGUGCCGCCGGGGUCUGCAAGAGGAGGCAGCCGUGCCGCCAAAAAGCGUCGCAAGCAGAAAGGCAAGGCGAGCGCCUCGGGCGGCAGCACCCAGCCGAAAGCAUCAUCACCAUCCGGCAGCAAUCUGGUGCCACCGUCCAAACCAGGGAGCAGCAGGGAUGAUAACCGACUUGCUGCUGCGGCUGGGAGCGCCAAGCGCAAGCGCGAGUCGAUCACCGCUGCUGCGUCUAAUUCAGCAGGGCAACCGCCUGUAGUAUCGGGCAACGGGGCUGCCACCGGAGGUGGAAGCAGCAACGGAGACGGUGUCGGGGCCGGCAGCGGCGGCGGCAGCAGCAGGCGCUCUGGCCACCAGCAGCCAGCGCCUACAACAAUCGAUGCGUCCGCGGCCGACGAUCGGUCUCGUCUCUUGCUGGAGCUCGACGUUCAAGGAGUACUUUCGGACCCGGAUGUCGAGAGCGGCUUGAAAGCUCGGCAGCUGUUGCAGUGGAUCAUCGCUCCGCUGUCGGUGGAGGAGUUCUACGGCACGUACUGGGAGCGGAAUCCUUUCGUCGUGCGCGGGCGGCGGGCGGACUACUUCUCCGGCUGGCUGGAAACCUCCGACUUGGAAGCAUUCAUCUCAGGGCAGUCCAUGCAGUAUGGCACCGACCUCGACGUCACCAACUACGUCAACAAGCGCCGCGUCACCCUCAACCCUGCCGCACCAGCACCAUCUCCGGAGCAAUCGUCAUCGCCGCCGCCGAAAAAGGGCGGCCACAAGGGCAAGGGUAAGGGCGGUGCUUCCACCGGCGGCAACGGCGCGAGUGGCGAUGCCCAUCUUGCCGCAAUAGAGGGGGCAGGGGGCGCCGUGGUUACCCCCAACUUCGUGUGGCAGAAGUUCAGGGAGGGGUGCUCGUUGCGGAUGCCGUGCCCCCAGAAGUUCAGCGACCCCUUGCACCUGCUGCUGUCAGCGCUGGAGGAGGAGUUUGGGUGCAUGGUUGGUUCUAACGUCUACCUCACUCCUCCGAGGAGCCAGGGGUUCGCGCCCCACUGGGACGACAUAGAGGCCUUCUUGCUGCAGGUGGAAGGCCGGAAGCGUUGGAGGGUGUACCCCCCCGCGGAUGACCAGGCCGUUCUUCCCAGGCUGUCGUCGCCCAACCUGACGGACGAACAGGUGGGAGAACCGGCACUGGAGGUAGUGCUGGAGCCCGGCGACUUGCUCUACUUCCCGAGGGGGUGGGCGCAUCAGGCGGAGACCGUGGGAGACGAGGCUUCGCUUCACAUCACCGUGUCCGCCAUGCAGGGGAACUGCUGGGCGGAUUUGGUUGAAGGACUGGUGCCUCAGGCCGUCGCCAGCGCUGUCCAGGCAAACCAAGAGCUGCGGUCCGGUCUCCCUCGGGAUUACUUGGAAUACAUGGGCGUCGUUCACAGUGAUGAGGAGGACAAACGCAGAGACAUGUUCAAGGCCAAGAUGAGGAAAAAGCUGGGGCUCAUCGUCGAGGAGGCUAUCGAGCUCUUGGACGCUGCGGCGGACCAAAUGGGCAAGAGGUACAUUUCGGACCGCCUGCCCCCGGUGUUGAAAGAGAGCGAGGAGCUUUCGUCAGUGGUAGAGAGAGGGGACGGGGCUAUCACUCCCCUCACCAAGCUUCGCCUGGCGAGGAGAGGGUGCGCAAGGCUGGUGCUCGAAGACGGCGUUGCGGUAGUUUACCACUGCAUGGACAACUCGAGGGUGCAUCACGGCAACGCCAUGAGUCCUCUGCAGUUCGAGCUGGAUGACGCGCCGGCGCUGGAGGUGCUGUUGUCGGCGUACCCUCGCCCCGUGAUGGUGUCGGAACUGCCGCACCCCCCCACCGAGGACCUCGAGGACAAGGUGGGCAUUGCCGCUGCGCUGUUCAAGGAGGGCUUCAUGCUGAUCGUGGACGACGUCGAGGCCGACGAAGACGACGAUGAUGCCGAUGGUGGUGAUGGUGGUGGUGAAUCCUCCUCGGAUAAGCAGGGGACAGGGAAUGGCGCGGGGUCGUUGCAGCAGAUGGAGGAAGAGGAGGAGAAGGAAGAAGAGGAUGGAGACGGAGACGGCUUGUGAUCUGGCCAGCGAAUCGCUGUGGAGUAGGGUUGGGAAUCGAAGAGAGCGGAUGUCAAGCAGGAGAAGAGAAAAAAGGGGGUGGGUAUGUUUAUACCCAAAGUGUUUUGGCAAUUGUACCCGCCUCGUUCAAUUGUUUGCUUGCAGGAUACGCGAUAAGUAUUGAGUACACGCAACAUCUCGGAAGGCAGCGAUUUAGCACAAGCAAAUGGUUCGGUGCGGAGAGAGCGUGUACGACGCUCUCGAUUCGGGUUUUGACAGCCCCAAACGAAACCCAAUACGUUAUUGUCCAAAAGGCGAAACGAACGAAUUGCGGGCCGGCGCUAGGACAAAAAAGCAGGUCGACAGAUGGCGGCGGCGUGUGUACAUACUUCUAUUUGGUGGGGCGGCUGGUGUGGUUUUGAUGAGAAUGGAUGCGAAUGAACCACCACUGAUUAUAAGUAUGUUUUGUUGUGCAGCGACACGCCAUCUAUUUUGUGUUUUUUGUGAUGUUUCAUUGUUCGAUGAUCGUCGAAACCCCAAAACUACACUAGUAGUAGGGCAAAAAGCGACUUGUGCGCGGCUCGUUGCGUUUUCUGUUGUGCAACGCGUACAUCGAAACUGACUGGGUCAGACUAACACCCGCCGAAGGCACAUCGGCUCGCGCAACACCCAACCGACUGUCACUGCUCUCGACGAGCCUAUGGGUAGGGAGUGACCAAUGGCCACAUGACCAAUUUCGACACAUUGCCGCCGCAACGAACCUGACGGCAAGGGCAAACUCAGGGUGCAAGAAUUAACCUGUAACAAUAGCCAGCAUAGCAAAACAACUGGGCGAUCGGGCGCGUCCUCGUGAAAGAAGCAGCCGUGUGGAGAACUAGAGGAUGGGAUAGCGGGGGGGGCUGCGGGGACAUGCAUCACAGAUGUGGGCCCAGACGAGGGUGAGGGCACCGGACUCGACCGUGUCUACAUAUGAGCGUAUGCGCCUUAUUUGCUCGCGAAAUAUCGCCUGAAUAGUUUCGGCGAAAAUGGAUUUAUUCAAGGAUAUCGUUGAGCUGGCGUUCCACACCUUGUGUGUGUGACGCGCUCUGCAUGAUGAGAAGGAAAUCGGGAGAAUGUGUGUGUUUUUAUUAUUAGCAUCGAUCGCGCUAACCGGCUGACCAAUUAAAAUACGUCAGUGCCAGCGGGUAAAAAUCAAGGUCCCUGAAAGGGGGCCAAAAUUCGAAAAAUGCGCAAUGCGCUAGAUACCAAUGCCAAUACGACUCUCCCUAUAUGUUCUUUCACGCAGACACACAUCUCAGCUACACAAAUGCCCUCGCUCGAACCUAGGAAGCCACUGAUGCAAAGAGCGGAGGACAGCAAAAGGGUUAAUUCGAGCCCAGCCGAAGCCAGGAUAUCGUGAUAUCGUGGUAUGCUGCAUCUCCCAAUUUGAUAAUCGUGCACUCCCAAGAUCCAACAGUCAUCGUGUCAGCAGCUAGAUGACUCAAACAUCAUAGCAACACAUA